GGUUGAAAGGUGCAUACGCCUGCCAUGGAAAAUCGCUUCAGCCUUAACAUUUGAUUCGGUAGGCGAUGGUAAGGACAAUUCUGCAGCGAUGUAUUCUGGGAAUGGCCUUUAGGCUUCAAUACCUAGAAUGUGCCUUGCCAUUCAACCCAAGGCUUAAGCCUCUUCUCGCAUGACGGUAUUUAAAGAAGACAUAAGGUCGAUAUGAGCUCAGAAACCGUUUGGUCGCAAUUAUAUUUACCUUCCAGUUCAUCGACUUUCACCAAUGGCUGCAGAAAACAGCCAUCAACUCUUCAAACUAACAACCUCUCAAGCCCAAGUGGUACAAUCCGCUCUCCAGCAAUGGUCGAAAGUCAAGCUCAUCAACCCCGAUCUCAUUCCGGACCUUCUCACCACCAUCCAGAUAAUCGAGGACGACCAAGGGUUUCCCUGGCAGAAAUUCGCCAAAUAUGCAUUUAGACUCGCCAUUCUCUCUCUGAUCAUUGGGAUCUUCAGUAUCAUAUUUGACGAAGUCCUGCCAAAGCUUAUCAGGGCAUUCUUGGAUCUUUCUAUCGCCUUGCGCCUCGUGAUCACUGCCGGCGUAGCUAUCAUGGUUCACACGUGGGGAUACCAACGUUCGCUCAUCAAACCCGAAGAGCUGUAUCUCAACGAAUCUAUCCACUGCCUCGGGGCCUUCAUUUUCGCACUCGGCGCGAUACAGCUGGGUUCUUACCUUGAAUGCGACGACGAGGACGAGAACCGUGAUCGGUUGAAUUGGAUCAUAUUAGGGCUCUCGUCUACUUACAACCUCGUAGCGGUUAUGGUCGUUUCCAAUUUCAUCUUAUCGUGCGGAAUGGUUUUCCUGGGCCUCUGGGUCGGUUGUUUACGCCAGUAUCUCGGGUCAAGAUAUCCAAUCCGCUUCGCCUUGCUCGGCGUAGCUAUAAUUUGCGCCGCUUACCCCAUGCGACUAUUUCAAUGUACCGCAGAGUUAUGGUCGGCCACUAGGACCUGGGGUUUACUUUAUCUUUUUAACUCACUUUGGAUCCUCUCGCUCAUUGAUUCCUUUCUCGAGUACUUUAUCGAUAAUAGUUACAAAAAGCAGGAGUCUGGUCAGGUUCUUUCUUGGUUCCUCACGUUCUUGUCCGCCGCAGGUCUCAGCUUAGGGCACGGUCUCCAAUUUCGUGAUUCGACAACCCAUGGUUUUGGACUUGUGUACUUGAGCAUCAAUCUAUGUACGAAGUUCUUCGAACUCUUUUGGGAUGCCUGGUAUAAAUCCGUGUUCUUCAUCGUACUAGCACUCUCGUUAGCAGUCCUCGGACGAUAUGCUGAGUAUGUGAACAUUCAGCAUACAAAUGAUGCCUAUGUCGCAUAGAAAUUUUCAGGAUCGGGGGGUUUAGAUCCUAAAAUGGCCUUCCCUAUGAGGUAUCGAUUUCAUUACUUAAAUACCUACAAGCAGCUGCCUAGCUGGUUAUCAAAAUCCCAACGG